UCAACAACAGUUAGCUCUGUGACACAUGUAGGUUUGAUGUGACUAAAAGGCGCUUAAAACGAAAAUGUCAGGGCAAACGAUGUCAGUGACAGUUAAUUACGGAUCUACUAAGCACAGCAUCACAUUAACGGGUCAUGAUGAUGGCAAAGGUCCAACUGUCAAAGACCUGGCAGAGGCGCUCAGUCAAGCCACUGGAGUUCCACCAGCCUCACAGAAACUCAUCUUCAAAGGCAAAUCCCUGAAGGACAUGGAUGAGAGUUUAUCCACCUAUGGAAUAAAAGAAGGCAGCAAGCUCAUGAUGAUUGGAAAACGGAACAGUCCAGAGGAAGAAGCCGAAUUGAAGAAGCUGAAAGACAUUGAGAAGUCUGUGGAACAGAUGGCUAAAAAGCUGGAAAAAGUAGAUGGGGAGUUGGCAGGUCUCAAGAAUGGCUUUCUGGCCAAAGACCUCCAGGCAGAGGCAUUGGCUAAACUAGACCACAGAGUGAAAAUAGCAGCUGAGCAGUUCAUGAAGAUCCUGGAGCAGAUAGAUGCUAUGAGUGCGCCAGAAAAUUUCAAUGACUGCAGAAUGAAGAAAAAGGGACUUGUAAAAACAGUACAGGAUUUCCUGGCUCAGUGUGACAAGAUCGAAGCUUGUAUAUCAGACCACCUAUCAAAGAUCCAGUCAAAAAAUCUUGCCCUUGCUGAGUAGAGCUACAAGUCCCUUAUCUUGUGCUAUACAUUGCUCUGUGAGCAACUGCAAGGUGCAUGGAAAGCUUCAGGUAUGAAGCAGAUCCUAUCUAUUGUUGGUGUGAUGUGUAUGAGAUGGUUGGGGGUGGUUAACAACACAGAUGCUACAUAGAUCUGGGAAACUUUCUCUGAGCUGAAGACAGAUAUGAGGUGCUUUCUGAGAUAAUGUACCCACAGACACUCUGAAAGGAUUAAAAUGUAUGGAAUAGUGACAAAUUCACUAGAUCCCUUUAAAGAAUCUAAAACCAGUGGAACAGCACUACUGUACCAAAUGUCUAUCAAAUUAUCCAAGAUGGUGUCAGAAGACUGUUCAAAUUACAUUAACAAAGAAAACCCUCAUUUUUUGUUUUUCUCAUUGUGACGUACGAACUGCUGAGUGUUCCUAUGACACUUUGUACGCACAUGGUCAAAAGUAUGUGGACAUCUGUGUGAAUUGUGCCACCAGCUCCAACUUUCUUUGGGAAGGCUUUCCAAAGGAUUUUGAAACUUGGCUGCAGAGAUUUGCUCCUGUUCAACCACAAGUGUUUUAGAGGUCAGGCACUGGUGUUGGUUGUUAGGAACAGUCAACCUAGGAACACUUAUCAUUUUAUGAACCUUAAUUUGUGCACAGGGCCACCAUCAGGAGCAGGAGCUGGCCCUUUCCCUAAACAGUGGAAAGCACACAAUUGUCUUACACAUCAUUAUACACCUACUGGAAAUAAUUGUGGUUUUCAAUUUUGUUACAUUUUUUACAGUAUUCAAGAAAAUAAGUUUAGGUUAGCUGAAGCCCAAGACCAAAACUAAUCAAGAUUGUCCACAUAGUUUUGGCCAUAGCAUGUAUGUAUUUAUUUAUUAAUUAAGCUACACUGAGUUGGAACUUUUUGUUUAAUACAAUGACUGCUCUGGUGUAUAUCCUUGAAAUUUGUGUGAACUGUAAUGUAAGUGUUUUAAACCAUCACUAAGAUUAUACAUCAUAUCAA